UCACUUUCACAUGGGCACACCCUGACAGAGCGGAAGUGACGUCUACGAACCUAACCAUUUCACCCAUGUGUUCCACUGUAACGCCAAUGUUAUUGGUUUUACAUUGAAAAAAACAAUGCAUAAUAUACUAGGUUUUAACGGUUGAACUGUGACGUUAGUUAGCAAUGAAACUAAAGGAGUUGGAGAGUUGUCUUCAACAAGUAGACGGCUUUGAAGAGCCAAAGAUUCUUCUUGAGCAGUAUCCAACUAGUCCCCACAUUGCAGCAUGCAUGCUCUACACAAUCCACAACACAUUUGAUGACAUUGAAGGCAAACUGAUCGCAGAUCUGGGAUGUGGAUGCGGAGUUCUGAGCAUCGGGGCGGCGAUGCUGGAAGCCGGAUUAUGUGUUGGCUUUGAUAUUGAUAAAGAUGCAUUGGAUGUCGCCCGAACGAAUACAGAGGAGUUUGAAAUCUCAAAUAUAGAUCUGGUCCAGUCUGACCUCAGUGCUCUGGAAGUCGCAUAUGCUCAAAAGUUUGACACCGUUAUAAUGAAUCCUCCAUUCGGUACAAAACACAAUCAAGGCAUUGACAUGAAGUUCCUCAAGACGGCAUUAACAUUGGCAACAGUGGUGUAUUCACUUCAUAAAUCAUCAACACGAGAUCACAUACAAAAGAGAGCGAAAGACUGGGGUGUGAAGAUGGAACUUGUCGCAGAACUAAGGUACGAUCUGCCGGCUUCAUACAAGUUCCACAAAAAGAAAUCGGUCGACAUCCACGUGGAUUUUCUACGCUUCUCCAAAUCAUGAUUGUUGCCGGAAUGGAUUUGAGUAAACGGCUUUGUUUUAUAUCCCUAAUAAAUGUUCAAAAGAAAA